AUGCUGCUGGAGUUGUACGGAAGCCGCAAAUUUGCGUUUUUAGCACAAGUUUCACUUGUAAGUCGUAACUAUUCGUGUUUAAAAACGGCUAUGUCCAUCGUGGCUCAUAUCCGGGUUGAUUAUUCCUUUACGUUUGUUUUAUGGAGAGCUAUGUGGAGCAAUAGUAUGUGUUUACAGUGUGAAAUAUUGUAAAUGCUGGCUCUAAAGAGCAGUAUUCAGUAAUAACAUUACGCGGGUACCAAUUUGGUCAUGGGUUUCACCAUAAUAUUAAAACUUAAACUGGGCCCUAGGCCUGCAAUACCCUUUAUUAAUCAAGGAUCUUCAGCGUUUCUUACGUUGCCGUACUUAGUACUCAGUCAUUGCUGCAUGAACUGGAGCUCCAGCCCUGGGUUGAGCAAAAACAACGGUAGAGAGACCAAUGUGCAGGCUAGACUGAAAUAUAGCACCAUUAGACAGAGGGGAGACACGUUAUGGGACGUUGCGGCAGAUGUAGCAGGCAAGAAGAAAUUUCCUUCCACCCCAAAAUAUGUGUUUGCUGCUGGCACUGCGAAGAGAACAGCAGAGAUACUGAGGAGGAAGACGGGGAUCUGCCCAGAGGAGUCUCAUCAUGGGGAGCCUGCAAGGAAGACAGCCGUGAAGAAAUGGAAGCUGGAACCUCCUGAUCAGCCGCUAUCUGUUGAGGAGUGGAAGAAACUGAAGGAGUCCUUGGGAAGUCCGGAACGAUUUGACACUCUCAUGUUGUCUGCACUGUUGAACUCUAGAGCAGAGUUGGAUAUUGCCAAGUCCCUGCUGUCCUUUGUUGCCACAGAUACAGGAACACUAUCCUAUAAACUCCUAUUGCAAUAUCUGGUACUUUGUGUGAAUGGCAAUCAUGACCAAGAAGUACUUGAUGUCUACAAUAUCAUCCGAGAGAAUUUCCCCUCUUUGGAUACGGGAGCCUAUAGUCUUGUUAUCAAGUCUUUCAGCCGCAGCGCAAGAUGGCAAGAGGCUCUCAGCAUGUUAAAUGACAUGAAAAAGGUUGUUACCCCAUCACCUAGCAAUUAUGGCAACAUAAUUGCUGCAGCCAUGCUUAAUGGUCACCCAAUCACUGCCUGGGCUCUUUAUGAUGAACUAUUGGCAAAAGGUCUAAACCCACAACAUGAAACAUGGAGCUGUCUGUUUAAGAGUAUGAGCACAGCAGAAGAAGAGACCAUGUUGCUAAGCGAACAGCAAGAGAGGCUGCAGGGAAUUCUGAUGUACAUGAGGAACAACCAAGUUUACCCACAGCUCAGUCUGGCGAGCAGCAUCAAGACCUGGUUUGAAAGUAUUCCACGACAGAUGUGGAAAGGAACUUGGAGCAGCGCCUCCCCAAAUGGCAUGUGCAAGAGUUGUGGAACAGAACUGGAAUCCAUUCAACUGACGGCUGAGGAGUACCAACAGCUGAGAAAUAGAGUCAUGACUGACAUCAUCCAGGGACAUGACGUUUUCAACAAGACCACACCAGAGGAGUUGGAGCGAUUCAAAGCAUUUGUGAAGAUGAAGCCUGCCUUUGAUGUAGUUGUGGAUGGUCUUAAUGUGGCAAAUAUCAACAAGGACAGAAGCAAGCAAUCAGAGAUGUUGCUGGCUGUGGUGUCGGAGCUCAAGCUACAGGGCCUUACUGUUCUAGUGCUCGGGAGGAAACACAUGCUGCGACCCUCCAGAUCUUGGGACAGACACAACAUGAACCUUAUUCAGCAGAAAGCUCAUUGCUUUUUUACUGACAACAUUUCUGAAGAUGACCCUUUCCUGCUAUAUGCCGCGUUGCAUUCGGGGAACCACUGUCGUUUUGUGAGCAAGGACCUAAUGAGGGACCACAAAGCUUGCUUGCCGGAUGAAGCCACCAGGCGACUGUUCUUCAAAUGGCAGAGGGGCCAUCAGCUGGUUGUGAGUGGACACGUUGCGGCAGGCAGGAGGGUCAGAUUUCAGAGUAUUCCCAGGUGUGACACCAUUGUGCAGACUUCGGGAGCCACCUGGCAUAUCCCAUAUGACGACACAGAAGACAGAAGCACCUAUGAAGUACCGCAGAAAUGGCUGUGCCUCACCAGAAUUCCGUGAACCUGCACAUUGAAAAUUGAUUUAAGAAAAAAAAUUAAUUAUUUAACUUCAUCACUCCCCUAUAAUUUGUUGGCAACCAGUCCAGGGUGUAGGCUGUCUCAUGCUCAAAGUUUGCUGCUUGCUGCUGGGAUCAGCUCCUGUUAUCUCCCACUCCAAUAAGGACAAACACAAUUAAUUCAUCAUGUCACCAAGCAGGGUGCACACACUGGUACGCCAGCCAAUCUCAGAGCACAUACAAACACUCAUUCACACUCACACCUAAUGACAAUUUUGAAUCUUCAAUGAAGCCAACAUAAUAUUGGAAUGUGUGAAAAAACUGUGGAUUACCUGGAAAAAAUCCACACAAUCACGAUAGAGAGAAAAUGCAAACUCCACACACAUUGGACAGUUGGCUUUUUCUCAAUGCAGGCAUUGUGGGGGUUAGCUCUCGCACUCAAGAGACUGGUUGUGUCUAUAUGUUGUCCCGAGCUCACCUCGACCAAAACCUUGAACGAGAUAAGCAAUAUAAAAAAUGUAUGAAUGAGCAUGGGAAGUAUAAUUGUCACCAAUUAUGUUGAAUGGCUAAAAGAAGUACGUAUAAUGUCAUAUUAGCGAGAGGCAAUUGGGACUAAUUCAAAUCACGUUUUUGCAGUGUAAUUAAAUUAGUACAUGCACCACUGUUGAAUUAAUGAUUGCAUUGUGAAGCAGAGAUGCUCAUCAGGCAUGAAAUAAUUUAAAAAAACAAAAUUUCAAUGACGUUAGUGAAUAGUAUUUUUUGUGUACAGUAUAAUUCCUCAUAGUAUGCAUUCAAGUAGAGGGGAGGACUUGUGUUGUGGUCACCACCCAGAAGAAAAUCCCAGUCACGACAGAAAUAGACAUGGUCACAUGAAUCAUUAAGAUUGUAUAUCACAAGUGCUUCUUAUGUGUUUUUAAUGUGUUCUUGAACAAGCGGGUAGGCGUCGAGACAGUCACUCAAAAUAAUAGAACAUAGGCUCUAUCAUGACCAAGCAUGAGGGCCCAGGCAAUAUUAGUGUCACGACCCAUCGGAACGGAGGUAGGACCCAAAUGCAAGGCUCGGAAGAUGCAAGGUAAUUCGGGGAGAAACGUUUAUUAUUCCGUGGUCGGGGAUCGGGCAGGCAGUCAGGUGCAGCAGCGGUAGUUGGGACGUCGGGCGAAGAGAGCAGGUGAGCGGACAAGCAGGAGUCGGUACACGGGAGAUCGAUCAAGGCAGGCAGAAGUCUCAAAGGAGUCAGGCUUACGGGGUCGGUCGGAGAACAGGCGAAGGGUCCGUACACACGGGUUGACGAUCAGGGAUACGGGAGUACUCAAACGGGACAUGAAGCUCAACGAUCUGGCGCGGACCAGUCGUCAUCGGGGUCAUAUAAAUACACAGGAUAAUCAGCCCCCAUGAGGCGGAGGUGUGCGCCUCCCAAUCAGCGCAACCGGGUGGGCACCCGCACAGCCCGGGCUGGAGCGGCAGGAUCAUGACAAUGACCUCUCAGUGAGUAUUUGUAUUUGCUUGAAUUCUUCAUCUUAGAAGAUCCUGUUUACUACAUGUUUUAUUUUUUGUUAUUCAGUUAAUUUGGUUGUGAAUGUUGCCUUACAACAAUGCCUGACAUUUUGACAACUCA